AUGAAUGUACUAACACAUUGUUGGGUUUCAAUUUCUGAUUGUAAAGAGACCAAACUGAGAAAAGAAGCCAAAGGGAGGAUCCUAUUUGUAGACCAAUCAUACUGUUUGAUACCAAUGCAAAAAUCAGACGAUAAAGAUUACGGUUUACAAGCCCUUGAAGAAAUAAUGUCGGUUAUGGAUAACAGUAAAGUGGUAGUUAUACUUGCGGGCUAUAGUGAGCCAAUGAAACGCGUGAUCACUUCUAACGAAGGUUUUUGUAGACGCGUGACAAAGUUUUUCACUUUCGACGACUUUAUGACCGAAGAUUUAGCCAAGAUUCUUCAUUUGAAGAUGAAUAAUCAAACGGAGGGUAGUUUAUUAUACGGGUUUAAGUUGGAUCCUUCAUGUACAGUUGAAAGUGUCGAGAAUUUGAUAAAGACCGUAACCAGUGACAAACAGAGGAAAAAGAUGAAUGCGGGGUUGGUAGAUCGAUUGUUAGUUAAUGCGCGAGAGAAUCUUGAUUUGAGACUUAGUUUUGAUUACAUAUAA